AUGAGGACUGAGCUUGAGAACGCGCAGCAGUAUUCACUGCUACUGGAAAACACUCACCGACCGCAGGCUUUCAAAUUUCUGUCCUGUUUGUUUCUGCUCAGACUACAGAGUGGGAUGAACCUGCAGAUAUGCUUUGUCAACGACAGUGGCAGUGAUAAGGACAGUGAUGCUGAUGACAGCAAGACUGAAACCAGCUUGGACACCCCCUUGUCUCCCAUGAGCAAACAGAGUUCUUCCUACUCCGAUAGAGACACUACUGAAGAGGAAUCCGAGUCCUUGGAUGACAUGGACUUCCUCACAAGGCAAAAGAAAUUGCAGGCUGAAGCCAAAAUGGCCCUUGCUAUGGCCAAACCAAUGGCUAAAAUGCAAGUAGAAGUGGAAAAACAGAACAGGAAAAAGUCUCCCGUCGCUGAUCUUCUGCCACACAUGCCUCAUAUAAGUGAAUGCUUGAUGAAAAGAAGUUUAAAACCCACUGACCUGAGAGACAUGACUAUUGGGCAGCUACAAGUGAUAGUCAAUGAUCUCCAUUCCCAGAUAGAAAGCUUGAAUGAAGAGCUGGUCCAGCUGCUCCUCAUCCGAGAUGAGCUUCACACAGAGCAGGAUGCCAUGCUGGUGGACAUCGAAGACUUGACCAGACAUGCUGAAAGUCAGCAGAAGCACAUGGCAGAGAAAAUGCCAGCAAAGUGAAAAGAAGCCAUCCAACCAGAGGACAAACUAGAAUUUAUUUUGCUUCUGUGGUUGUAAAAAUGCUAUCGCUAAAGGUGGCACAGAAACAAAUAUCAGUGUUAGUCAUUGAUAAUGUCUGAAGCUUAAUGUCCAGUGAUUGGCCUUUGCUUCUUAAUUUAUUUUAAUUUUUUACUUGUGCCACUUAAUAUCAGGCAUUUUAAUAAAAUAUUGUUACAAAAAAUGUACAGUACUUACACCAUCACAAAUCAUGGUUAAUCAAAGAGGGUAGUUUUAACUUUAUUUUUAUUUGUUUAGAGAUUUUAAGUUGGAGCAGUAUUUUACCAUUGACUACUUUCAUUCUUCACUGUAGUUUUAAAGAGGAACUGUAAAUGACGGUGCUAUACUAGUAAAAAAAUACAUGCCUGCCUCGUAGUGAAGUUGUAGCUCUCCAUGAUAUGUAUAUUUUAAUCAGUUUUCAACAUUUUGUGAAUGUUGACUACCUGAAGUUCAUUUUUAGAUGUGCUAUUAACAUUCUGUUGGAUUCAGAGGAUUCCUUGAAAGUUUUAUGUAUAAAUAUGUAAAAUAAAAAUGAAAACUUUGUUUCAUA